CGGGAUUGCCCUUGCUGUUGGAUACUGGAGGUGGUUUGGACUCGGGGUUUCCCUCUGUGGAAGUGCGGUUCAGGGAGGAGUGUUCUGUUGAAGGUCCCCCUGCUGUUGGAAUGGUCCUACUGGAGCUGGCUGGACCUAGGGUGCGCUGAUAUCCAUACUAUUCGGACUGCAGGUGUUCGUUUUGGGGUAAGAUUCCGAGAGGCGUGUCGUAGAAGGAACGGAAGCGUGCAGCUGUGUCGCACCAUGUGCGGUUAUGCUGACGUCCUCAUCAGGAAGUAGAAUUAUACGUAAUAUGUGAUUUAUUCAGAGAAAAUUGAAUUUGGAGAACAGGAUGCAAAUGUAGCCAAACACAGUUGUGAAACCCGAGCUUUUUUAUCCACAGAGAGCAAAGAUUGAUCUGGUCGGAUGGUGAAUCACCUGGUGAAGUGAACUCAAAAGAAAACACUUUAGAAACACAAGUUUGGGAAUAAUUUUAUGAAAACUAUAGAUUUCGUUGAGAGGUUGCUUUUUCAGUGAGAGUCGGAUCCUGUUCUGGCACCUGGUGUUGUUAGAUAACUGUGUAUCGGAUGGAAUAUAUCGCUAAUACGUAAUGGAUAUACAUGUAUCAACCUUGGACUAAUGCAAGAAGAUACUGGAGGAGGGAUAGAUGAAUGCACAUGACAUGACUUGGCAACCACUGUUGAUGCUCUUGUUAUUCCUGCGAGCAUCAGAAUCAAGAUGGCCGACCAAGAGACAAGUCCCUCAAACAAUACCCAACAAAGGAACAAGCUGGAAGGAAUUUGUCGCAGAUAGGUUGCCAACUGUCAAUGGGGCCACGGACCUCAACUUCAUCCCGUACGUCGGUAACGGAUACCUAGCCUACGUCCCCUACUCGGACACUAUCCACUUAGCCGGGCUGUACAGCGGGGCGGGAUCAGCCAGUCAUAGGACCAGGAUCUUCCCUGACCGUGCAUUUACUAUCAAACCAGAGAAUAGUGAUGGGGAUGGUAGGCCAUUGAAUCAGGUCAAGACAUACAGUCUAAACGUGGAAAAAGGAUACUACGAGGAAAAAACUGACAUGGUGAACGCCCAGUUCACCGGCUCCCUCCGCACUUACGCCCACGCCGACCCUUCUCUGAGUAAUGUCCUCGUACAGGAAGUAUACAUCAAGCGCCACGCCAGCGCUUUAUUACACCAAGAUGUCAUCUUCGAACCACAGUUUCUGAAGGCAGCAGAAAGUGAUGACGUCACCAUGAAGUGUGAUUUCAUUGUUGGGGUCAGUCGGGAGAGAAACUGCAGCGGUAGAGUACUGACAGGAGAGUCCCCCAGCGUCAAACCAACUAACAUCUAUAUGUUCUACACAUAUCCUAAUUUGAUCAUGAUGAGAGCAUCUGAGAGCACGGCCACCAAUCAGUUUAUUCGGGUGGUGGACACGGACAGAGACAGAGCAGAGGCAAGCUUUCAUUUAGCAAAAUCUCUCAGAGCAAGCAAAGAGCUCUACAGCCGCCAUAUAAGUCAAUGGCGAAACCGCUGGAACAAAUUCAGCAUAGAUAUCAAGGGAAACAAGGAGUUAGAAGACCUUGCUUACAGCAGCAUGUAUCAAUUACUAAGUGCCCUACCUCCGACAGAGACUGUCAAUUUCCAAGGCUUUGCGCAUGACGGCAAUUCAAAUGGUCACGUGAUGUGGAACCAGGACGUCUGGACGUUUCCAGUGACUCUGAUAUUUUCUCCAGAAACUGCGAGAUUACUCCUAAAAUAUCGGACAGACAGACUUCAGGCUGCUAGAGCUCUUGCCAAAGAGGUUGGGAGAAAAGGUGCCAAGUUUCCAUGGGAAAGCGCCCAAACCGGACAUGACGUCACGCCGAACGACUGCAACAUAUGUCGUUCGAAUCCAGGAGCAGAGUGUAAAGCAUGUAGUGACGUCAAUAAAUAUGCAGAUCACGUGACCUCUGACGUUGCAAUGGCGGGCCGUCUGUACGUGUUAGCGACUGAGGAUCGUAACUGGCUGGCAAAUGAGGAAGGUCUGCCUCUGUUGACAGAAACGGCGGAGUAUUUUGUAUCAAAGGCGACUUAUAGUAAAACAAAGAAGCGAUAUGAUAUUUUAGGAGUUAUGGGUCCAGACACAUAUCAACUCAGGUCAAACACCCGAAAGGUAGACAACGACAUCUACACCAACAUAGGAGCUUCUCUCGCCAUCCAGUAUGCUCGCUACGCCGCUUGCCUCGUAGACAAGGAAGGGGCCGUACCGGAUAGCUGGAUGGCCGUGGCGAGGCAGAUGAACUAUCCCAUGAACGCUGCUGAUGAAUUCCGAGAGCCAUUUGAUGGCUACAGUAGAUUAACAGAUGCAUCCGAAAAGAACCUCUACAUCCCGGGUCCUCUGAUGGUGGACUACCCAUUAGCAUUUAAGAUAUCACCAGCAGACAGAAGGAAUAACUUGGAGAAAUACGCAUCUCAACUGGUGGAUAAUCCGCCAGUGUAUGCGUACGCAGCUAUUGUGAUGAAUUGGUUAGCCCUGAAUGAUACAGAGAAAGCCGGUUUGUCGCUUAAGAAGAUGACCACUGGGUAUCCAAGGGGGCCAUUUUCGGUGUGGACAGACACAACCACAGACAUGGUCCAAACCUCCAACUUUGUUCCCGGGGCAGCUGCCUUCCUAUCCACGCUCAUCUUCGGCUACGGAGGCAUCCGAAUCUUCCCCGAUCACAUGGACAUCAAUCCGCAGUGUCUUCCAUCAUCAAGUGGUGUCAAGUUCCAGGGCAUCACAUACAUGGGUGCAAUAUUCAAGAUCGAGGUUUACGGGUGCGAGACUACUGAGCCGUUCGUCACCCUGACCUUACAAGAACGGCAAAGGCCCGGGACGUUUAAGCUGAGAUACGAGAGUACGGGGGAGGAGAAGGAGAUUUUCGAAGAUAUGCCAGAGACCUACCCCCGUGGCCUAGUCAGUAUUUUUCCAACUCGAACAGUCUCCUGUUCUCUUCCAAGUCCACCUGAACAUGGCAGUAUCAUAUCGGCAGCGACACCAAUAUCAACAAUAGGAACAAUGACAAUAUUUCUUGUAACUUUAGUUACGGUGCUAACGAAUUCGAUGGAUAUCACUCAUUUGAGAUAAAAGUUAGAUUUUCUGAUAGAGUUAAUGUUGUUGUGGGCGGCGAGAGCUCGGCCAGGACGUUGUCUGAUAGCCGUCUCUCCUUCAGGAUGCUCCCAGUAAAACUGGCUCAAAGGCACACCUCUGCAGUAUUGCAAUGCGAACAACGUCGAAAAUGGGAUAUCUUGGCAGUCAGUUUUGAUCACGAAUUUUGGAUCUUUGUCGUAACUUUACAAAAACCACGACGAGGAAUCAUGAUGAGGUCGAGUCAUGCAGACAAGUCGAGCUUCGUAACGUUAGGCCAACAUGGUUGGAGGCAAGCCAUUUGUUUAAACCUCACAUGUACGUCGACUCGCUAAGUUUCGACACAUUAAUUUUAGGAAGGAGAUGGCAUUUACGAUACAGCCUAAUCUUGCCACACUUAGCUGUUACAACCGCCGUUAUUGUUUGCUGUCAUUAGAUCAGAGUACUGUUGUUACACUCUAAUUACUCAGAUGGUGCCCAACAUAAUUAUCAUAAGUUGGUUUUAGAUACAAGCACAUUGCCAGGUUCUUCUGUAGAUGCAGUUCAAUGCAGCUCGUUAUUCCAGUAAAGCCACACAGAAUCUCAGUCUGUUGAUACCAUAUAUAAUACUCAGUAAACGUGGCUUAGGGGACAUCAUACUAACUUCUCGAACAUGUGUACAAGUCAUUUUGAACGUGGUAACAAUAGGUCAUUGGAGUUAAAUGCAAAUCACAUUAGAUGUAUUCUUUCUCGCACUUUUUUACCGAAACAGUAUAAGUAAAACAUAAUGUGUAUCAUUUAUAAUGUACAAAGCUCUUUAUUUAUGAACGUAGCAUUGCUUAAUGAGGUUUGUAGUGUUUAGUAUAAAGUCAUGCAUGACGAAGACGUUUAGAAGCAUAAUGAUUCCAUUAUUUGAACGUGGCCAUAGGCAAUCUGCGAUGGGAUACCCAAUCUUGGGAGCUUACGAGAACUAGGAAGCUUUUGUACGUUGGUCUCAGACCAGACAACUCUCUACUCCCCAAACUACUUAUGCUUGAUGUAAAUAUUAUGAACUGCCUCUACUUGUCAUAAGCAAUAUCCAAGAAAAUAAAUAGAAAAUACCCUGU